UCCAAUUUCUCUCGCCAUCACUUUCCCAUCGACUCAAUACUGACCGAACUGAACAUUCCACCAAAAACCUAAGCGCUUUGCUAUUUUAUUGGUCAAAGCUUGGCCUAUCGGCCGCCGUCGCAGCUGAAUCCAGCAAUGGCCGAAGUUGAUACCUCAAAUGCUCCAUCCUUAUCUGAGCAAUACUUGCUGAAAGCGCAGGAAGAGAAAUCCCCUGAGGCAGCAAAACCAGUGGAAGAAACUGAGGUUAAGACCCCUUCAGCUGCCCCAACUGAAGAAGUUAUUUCCAAAACUGAGGAAGAUCCAGUGGUUGAGAGCACUGAAGUUUCCCCUGCACCUGAGGAAAACAGUGAAGCUGCAGCUGAAGCCUCUCCACCUGUCGAGGCUUCCAGUGAUGAAAGCAGCGAAAGUACUGAAGAUGAGACCUCGGGAAAUGAGGGAUCUGCUGUUGAAACCCCUGAGAUUAAGCUUGAGACAGCGCCUGCUGACUUCCGCUUCCCUACUACAAAUCAGACAAGGCACUGCUUUACCAGAUAUGUCGAAUAUCAUCGUUGUGUAGCUGCAAAGGGUGAAGGUGCACCUGAGUGUGACAAAUUUGCCAAGUACUACCGUUCCCUUUGCCCUGGUGAAUGGAUUGACAGAUGGAAUGAGCAGAGAGAGAAUGGCACCUUUCCCGGACCAUUGUAAGUUGUGGUGCCCAAUUGUUCUCGUCCUUGCUGCAUCUGAAUUCCCAAAUGAAUGGGGACUCCAUUUUUGUUAUCAAUAAAUUUUGCCGUGCUUAUUGGAACUAGUUCAAGCCUUCAAUGAGUUCGCAGCUACAAAAAAGUUGUUUUGGAUCAUCUCUUACUGAGUUAUCAUCUUCCUAAAUACAAUUUUCACGCAUCAGUCUCUUGUAGUUUACUUGUGAUGAAUCAUCUAUUGUUCACAUUUUAUAAACGAUUCGAACUGAUGGCUAAUAUCACACAAAUAAUGCUUAUUUUUCCAUCCCUA